AUGAGUGGCGGCACGGUGCUUCAAGUGAGAGAAUUUGUGGACCAAGAGAAGAGGAAACCGGGUAACUUAAAUUUGACGGACGAUGACAAUGAGGAUUUGAUUAGUAGACACUUUGCUGACUGGUUGGAACAAAAGGUUAUACUAGAUGAUGGAUCGGAUAUCACAGAAAAGAUAAGAGCAUUAGCCGCAAAACCAAGCAAAUGCGGGGUGUGCUAUAGUGGCUAUAUAAUUAAGGGUUUCAGGUUUCAUACUAUCAGUCGCAAGACAGGACGCGUGACACAAAAUAGUGGUGUCGUGAACCUUGCUGAAAAUGGUGUGUCCUAUUACGGUCGGUUAUCUGACAUCUUUGAAUUGUCAUACAAAGAUUACAAGGUGGUCUUCUUUACAUGUGAUUGGUAUGAUCAUCACAAAGCUGGUAUUAUAAGAGAUGAGUUUGGAUUCACUCAUGUGAACUUCUCCCGAAAAAUACAUACAGGGGAGAAGUUAGAGGAUGAUCCUUUUGUAUUUUCUUCCCAAGUGGACCAGGUCUUCUAUAUUCAAAAUCCGAGAAGUGAGAAUUGGAAUACCAUGGUGAAAUUCAAACCUCGUGAUAUUUUUGACAUGGGUGGAGAACCAUCUUCAGAUGAAAGAGUAGUCUUUGUGCUUUUAGCUUGUUACUGCAGCUAAGAUAUAGGUUGAGCACUUGUCAUCCAUGCUCCUAGGUAGAAUUACUCCAACAUAAUUAUUCCAGCUGGGUGGAUCUUCUUCAGAAUGUAUUGUUCCCUAUGUGACUCUGUGAUGAACGAGCCUAUGGUCUUUUUUUUUAAUGUGUAUGUUCCCUUUUGUUAUGAAUGAACAGUUGUAUGGCUAUCCGUUUAGUUCUUUGAA